CACCGCCCAGAAGCGCGACCCAAUGGGGUGACAGGGCUUUCUCUCGGCCACCGGCAGAGCCAAUGGCCGCCGCUCGCCCUCCCCGGCAGCCCCACCUCUGACUGACCGCGGAGACACAGUGCUGGCUGCGGUGAGAGGUUCCCUAGGCUGUGGGGCAGAUGGCGGCGGCCGUGCUGCUGGCCGGUGGACUGCGCUUGGCGUGCAGGGCUGUAACAGUCGCGGGGCUGCGGGGGGCGCAGGUCCGAGGAGCUGCAGGUGUGACUGAUGGGAAUGAAGUGUCCAAGGCCCAGCAGGCAGCUCCUGGGGGAGCAGCACCAACUGUCUUCUCUCGGAUCCUGGAUCGGAGCCUCCCAGCUGACAUUCUUUAUGAAGACCAGCAGUGUCUCGUAUUCCGUGAUGUGGCCCCUCAAGCUCCUGUGCACUUCUUGGUAAUUCCUAAGAAGCCCAUUCCUCGGAUUAGUCAGGCUGAAGAAGACGACCAGCAGCUUCUAGGACACCUUCUCCUUGUGGCCAAGAAGACAGCAAAGGCUGAGGGGUUGGGAGAUGGAUACCGACUUGUGAUCAACGAUGGGAAAUUGGGUGCACAAUCUGUGUAUCACCUGCACAUUCAUGUACUUGGGGGCCGACAGCUCCAGUGGCCUCCAGGUUGAACCUAUCAACUGACCAAGGACCCCAGACCUGGAUGCUUGGAUGGGUGGGGAGAAAGGGACCCUGUGAUGCUAAUAAACUUGUUUUCCCUCAA